AUGCAAUGUUACCCAGUUCCCCCUCGUCCAAACAUGUACCGCCUUGCAGGUUUCACCAAUUCCUUGAAGUUGCCAGUUUGCAUCAGAUCAGUGAGGUUUUUUCGUUGUUUAAUUACAAGAAUGUCAAUAGCAGCCGUUAGAAGUGUCGAGGGCGAAGACUAUUUAACAAUUUCUUUCACCUUUGAUGGUAAAGAUCGAAAAAUGCAGCGCAGCAAGAAUGAAGUCCUGUCGAAGGCUUUGACGAGAAUCGAACUUUCCUCGAAGAAGAAAGCGAAAAAGGUGAAAAGGAGUGCUGAUUACAACGAAAUCGGUGGCAGUUUAGAAGGAAAUACGACUCUCUGGUUCAAUGGUCAACCAGUCGACUCGAGUCUUACCAAUGAGGCCGCUUGGAAGGAUGGAGCAAUAUUGAAAAUCGGAUCAGAAGCUUUCACUGUGGAGAUAAAUCCUCCGACGGUCACUUCUCUCAUUCUCCCCACUAAUAUGAUGUCAGGAUUCCCUGUAAUGCCUUCUCUUCGAAUGGAAUUUGGCGACAAACAGUUUUGUCGCUAUAAAUGGUUUAAAUCCUCAAAUCAUAGUGACGAACAGGCAAGUUCAGUACCAGCUUCCUCACAAGAAGUCUUGAGCUGGGAGGAAGUUGGGAAUGACUUCUUGUACACUCCUUCUGUACUUGAUGUUGGAUGUUAUCUCAAACUAGCUUGUGCACCAGGAAAUGCUGAGAAAAUCAGUAGCAUCACAUCCGAAGCAACAACUUCUGUAACAGUUGCUGCAGGCCCAGGAACAUGCCCCUUUGAUGCCAGACACAUGUACACUAAAAAGAAAACUGCUGACUCCAGCACAUUUAGGGUUGUGUCAUAUAACAUCCUAGCAGAGGCAUAUUCCAAGGAAGAGUUUGCGCAGAAGAUUCUGUUCCCAUAUUGUCCACCAUAUGCUUUGGACAUUAAUUAUCGUCAGCAGUUACUGCUUAAGGAAAUUCCUGGCUACAAUGCAGACCUUAUUUGCCUUCAAGAAUGUGGGUCGAAAUUGUUUGAACAUAAUUUAAAACCUGCUCUUGAAACAAUGGGGUUUAGAGGUCUUUUACGAUGUAAAGCUGGAGAGGUUCCAGAAGGAGAAGCCACAUUCUUCAGAGAGAGCAAGUUUGCUUUGAUAAGUCAGCAUGACAUUGUGUUAAAUGAAGCCCUCCUCCAUGAUCCUGCUCAAGCAGUAGUCUUAGAUCAUGUCUCAGCCAUUCCAAUUUUACGUGAAACUUUGCAGAAGAGAAAUGCAGUGGCUCAAGUUUCAAUACUCAAAGUUUUGGGUAUUGACAAUCAAUAUCUCUGUGUAGCUAACACACAUCUUUACUAUAAACCAACUUACCCUCAUAUAAGGUUGCUUCAGGGUGCAAUUAUUUUAAAUCACUUGCAGGAAGUCAUUUCACAGUUCACUUCUAACAGCAUGAGCAGCGAUUCCAAUAAGCAAGAGAUUCCAAUGAAUACCACCGAUGCAGCCAAUUGUGAGUCUCUCCAGGUAACUAAAGAUGGAAUGCAUGAUCAGCCACAGAUUGCUGUGGUAUUCUGUGGUGAUUUCAACAGUCUGCCAAGAAGCGGAUUGGUUGAACUUCUCACAACCAGUCAUAUUGAUUCUUUGCAUCGAGACUGGACAGUAUGUGAGGAUAAGGAAGAACAUUGCACAACCUUAAAUAUCAGCCAUGAUUUUAAUCUUUUGUCAGCAUGCAGUUUUCCACCAUUUACAAACUACACCGGUGGUUUUAAAGGAACAUUAGAUUAUAUUUUUGCUGAUGGAAAGUACCUUGAAGUGGAAUCAGUUCUUCCCUUGCCAAGUGAGGAGGAACUAUCAUCGCAUUUGGCAUUGCCUUCUGUUGUCAUGCCGUCAGAUCAUGUGGCUUUGGUCUGUGAUCUUAAGUGGAAGUUGUGAAUGCAAGCCAUUAAUAUUUGGACAGCUUAAUGAAUAAGUCCUUUAAAAAAUCCAUUGUUUUUUGAGAAUUUUUAAGCUAAUUUAUUCCUAAUAAUUAUUCAUUAUGAACAUUCGGCUAUCUGAAACUUGGAUUGUUCUGACAAAGGGGUAGAUUAUGCUUAAAGUACAAAGUACAAAGCUGAAUUUUCAGCCAUCUCAACUCUCUGGUAUUACAACAACAUCUCUUAUAUUUCUUAACCCUCUGGUAUUAUAACAACAUCUAUUAUACAACUCUCUGGUAUCAUAUUUGUUUUUAUUACUUUUGGCAGUUUGAGGUGGUUUUUUCUUUUUCCAAAUUUUUUACGUAGUAUUGGAUGCAACACAAAACACUAGCCUGCAAAAUAGCAAAGGCUAGGCAGGUGGUGAGAGAAAUUGUUCACUUUACAAAAUAACUCUAGCAGUGGGUAUUGCUCAUAAAAGCCAUGUGAGUUAGCAGAUGUUGUAAAUAUGUAAGCUCAUGAAUAACUGAUGAAUUAACAAGGUUUUAUUUCACGCACUAUAAAAAGUAGAACCACAUUAUGCCUUUAUGAGAAAUGUGCAUAUUUCACUUAUUAUAUGAUAAUUAAUGUUAAAUCACUUGAUGCUACUCAGAGUAUAGAAGCACAAACUCAAAGAUGGAAUGAAGAUUGUAGUAUUUAUUCAGCUUAUUGUACUGUGAGUCUGUAUAGGAACAUGCAAGACAUGUAAUUGGUGAGGAUCAAUUCCUUUAGUCGCAAAUAGCCAUUCAGGUCUUCUUCCUGUUAGAGGUUUGUCCUUGUACUUGCAAGAUCUGAAUGGUAAUAUCUCGAUGAAGCUGCUUAUCAUUACCUUAGUGAAUUAUGGCAUUUAGUGUUGUAGAAAGAUUGCAUUCUCUGGCUCCAAGUAUUUGUUUUAUUGGUAAUUAAAUGAUGUGACAGGAGGAAUUAAUGUGAUGUUACCUUAAAAUAGAUAUUUUUGUUAAAAAAAGAGA